AUGGAGAUUGCACCGCCGCCGCCUAGUCUGGCACCACAGCACAAAGGUCGGCCAAAGAAGAUAACUCCCGGUCUAGACACGACGAACGUGGACAGCGAGGGCACUCCCGACGUCUACAGGAAUCUCAUCGAUAAGCUUCGCCGGCAUCGCGAUGUGGACGAACCCAUCCUCGAGCCACUGAGCCCAGACUGGCGAGCGGAGCAAGAACAUCUUCCCAAAUUCCUCAAUGACGUCAAGGCACAAGAUCAAUGGGUUCCACGAAUUGGAGACAUUGUCUUGUAUAUACGCAACAUGCCGGAUACCGUUGAGAUAGUUCAAGACAACGCCACUGGUGAGCUCCAGCUGUACGAUGAGCGCCGCAAGCAGCAUCUGGGUGGUCCACGAUGGGCGGCAGGCCUUGUCACUGAGCCGGCUACUGGUACUACGGUCGCCGAGCUCGCCUCUACUCAGGAGCGCAAUGUGUCCAGCAUAGGCGUACGCGUCGAACCGAUCCCCAACCCGAACGAGUCGGACAAGUCGGUCUCCAAGAGGCACAAGUACGUCUUGUUGCGACAAACGAGUCCGUUCAUGAUGUGGAGAGACCUCCUGCGCCGCAUUCCUCAAGAAGACUGGCAUCAUACCGUCAAGAACGCUCUCGCACUAAUGUCGACGCUCUCUCUUAUGGGCAAGUAUCGCUUCCGAGGGACCUGGCCCAACGCGAGCAUAUACUGCCACGGCAUCUACGUUGGCGCUGAGAUGCUCGCUGUUGGGGACACAGUUCGUCUCCUUCCCAACAAGCAGUCUGGUCAGUCUGGCUGUACGGAUGUCAUGAGCAUCACAUCAAUUCGAUUGAAGUUGACCAAUUUGGACAAGGCCUCCGACAAUGACUAUGAUGAGGGAAGGCCAUACAACUCCGAGAUAUGGAUCUAUGGCUCAGCGUACACUAGCGAUGGUUCUCGAUCCAACAAGCUGUGGGUUUCCGAGCAAAACGUCGAGCCUCCGCGGGUUGCAAACGACUAUGCGGACUGGUACCCACUACACCCAGCUGACAAAGAGCUUGCCAUUCCCUACUCGCGCGUCCUCGGUCGCCUGCAUGAGCGCGAUGCCAUGGCCUACUUCCUUAAGUCCGACGAUGACAAUCUUCCAGGACUCGACGUUGGCCGGCAAUCUGUAGUAGAGGCGCGCGCCUUUGCUCGGAAACACGACAAUCGUAUAGCAGCAGAGUCUGAUGCCACCUGGUACUGGGGAGACGACCGGGCCGACGCCCUGAACCUCCGCACUAUCAACGGUCUCGAUGUGUCGCGAUAUGACCUGGAUCGCGACGUCAAAGACCUCCGCUGCAAGUACCGCCAACUAGAUGGUAUCGCCAAAGGAGAUGCGAAACCUACAGGUCAAGAUAUGCUGAGCAAAGGGCUCCGCGGCUUCAUGGCACCCGCCUUGCCACUCCGUACGAGCGGCGCGAAGGUACCAAGCGAAAGCGGAAGCUCGAUGGCAAGCGAAAGCUACGCGUCGCGAAAGCGCACUCAUAUUGUCGACCUAGAUGACGAGGACGAUACCGAGGAGGACGACAUUGACGAAGAGAUACGAGAGCGCACCAAGAUUGUGCAAGAUGACCACCAAGGUCCGAUGAAGAAGAAGGCGAAGGUGAUGGUUAUUAUUGACUGA